GUCCCUGCUGUGGAUCAGAGGAUGCAGACACUCCCUGUGAACAGAGUGUUUCUGUAGGAGUGUCACCAUCCAGCCCCUCCAAGGCGGCUGUGUCUUCCCUGAAGACCCACUUCUGUGAGAGCUGUGGUCCCGUCUUGAGAGACAUAUUCCAGUUGGCUGAGCACCAAGGAACACCACACAGCCAGAACGUGGUCAGGUGUGGGGUAGGUAGGAAACAAUUUUAUUUGGGUGCAAACUUCCAAAUUCACCAGAAGCAGCACCUGGCAAAGAAGCCCUUCGGAAGCUGUGUGGACAGGGCCCUGCUUGUGAAGAGCGAUAAAUUCAAUCAGCAUCGAAGAUUUCGUGGUGGCCCAAGGCAGUACAAGUGCAGCAAUUGUGGGAAGUCCUUUCACCCAAAAUCUGUGCUCAUUUAUCCCUGGAGAAGUCACACUGGGGAAAAAUGUGACUUGUGCCGUGAAUGUGCGCCAUCUUUUAGCCGGAGAUGCAUCCUCAUUCGACAACGGACAGUUCACUCUGGAGAAAGGCGUUACGAGUGCACGCAAUGUGGGGAGUCCUUUAGAAGAAAAUUUUACCUCAUUCUGCAUUGGAGAGUUCACACUGGAGAAAGGCCCCAUGAAUGCCGUGAGUGUGGGAGAUCUUUCACCAGGAGAUCAGUCCUUACUCUACACCGGAGAGUGCACACAGGAGAAAGGCCUUUUUGGUGCAGUAAAUGCAGGAGAACCUUUCCCGGUAGUUCCAUACUCAUUCUGCACCAGAGAGUGCACACAGGAAAAAGGCCUUAUGAGUGCAGUGAAUGUUGGAAAUCCUUUAGCCAACAGUCUUACCUCAGUCGACACCAGGUAAUUCACAGUGGAAGACAGUCUUAUGAAUGUAGGGAGUGUGGGAAAGCUUUUACAUCUGUUUUCAUCCUCAAUCAUCAUCAGAGAGUCCACAGAAAAGAAAGACCUCAUCAGUGCCGUGAAUGUGGAAAAUCUUUUAUGCUCAGUCUACACCUUCAUAUACACCAAAUAGUUCACACUGGAGUAAAGCCUCAUCAGUGCAGCGAGUGUGGGAAAUCGUUUUCAGCUGGUUCCAAGCUUAGUAACCAUCAGAGAGUGCACAGCGGAGAAAGACCUUAUGAGUGCAGAGAAUGCGGGAAGUCUUUUAUCCAAAGGCAUCACCUUAUGACACACCAGAGAGUUCACACCGGAGAAAGGCCACACCAGUGCAAGGAAUGUGGGGAGUUUUUUGCUUCCGGUUUUAACCUCAGAAAUCAUCAGAGAAUUCAUACCGGAGAAAGGCCUUACGAGUGCAGUGAAUGUGGCAAAUCCUUCAUCCAAAAAUGUUACUUUCUUACACACCUGAGAAUUCACACAGGAGAAAGGCCUUAUGAGUGCAGUGUAUGUGGGUCAUCUUUUACCACCAAUUACGCCCUCCAUAAACAUCAGAGAGUUCACACAAGCAAAAGGCCUUAUGAGUGUACUGAAUGUGGGAAAUCCUUUAGGACAAAUUCUUACCUCAUUGAACACUGGAGAGUUCACACUGGAGAAAAGCCUUAUCAGUGUAGAGAAUGUGAGAAAUCCUUUUCGACUGGAACAGGCCUCCGUUAUCAUCAGAGCGUUCACACCGGAUUAAAGCCUUUUGAGUGCAGUGAAUGCGGGAAGUCUUUUCCCUGUAGCUCAGCGCUCAUUCGACAUCAAAGAACUCACACAGGAGAAAGGCCUUAUGUGUGCGUUGAAUGUGGGAAAUCCUUUAUUCGAAGACAUCAUCUUGUUGAACACCAGCGCAUUCACACAAAGGCCUCAGGAUUGUAGAGAAUAUGGGCGAUCUUCUUUUUCCCCUCUGGGAAAUCUUUUAAAAAUAUUUUCUAGUCCAAUUAACAGUGGAUAGUUCACAUGGGAGAAAGGUGUUUGAUUGCAAAAAUAUGCUAAAUCCUUUAGCCGUAAAUCUUCCCUUUCUUAGCACCUGAGACUUAAUGUUGGUGAAAGGUCUCAUGAGUGUAGUGGACGUAUGAAAUGUUUUAGCUGUAUCUAUGGUGUUUGUUUUUAUCUGAGAGUUCACGUAGGUUGAAGGCUGUAUGUUGCAGCAAAUGUGAAAAAUCGUUUACCCGUAGCUUGCCAGUCUUUCCGUCCCUGUCAGUUCACUCAAUAGAAUGGUCUUAGGGCUGCAGGGAAUGUGGGAAAUCCUUUUCCGAAAGGAUUUACCUUAUUGUACAGUGUAGCGUUUGCAUGAGAGAAAUAUUUCAGACCCGCAAGGGAAUGCGAAAUUUUCUUCCUUCAUGACUCUGGAAGAAUCCAGGAGAAACCAUCUGUCUGUAUUCAAUCUUCUGUGUCUCGUUAUCAAAGUUCGGAGAUAACCUUUAAUUUGUAGUUACUUUGCAAACAUGUAAAGGGUGUCCCAAAAUUCACCCAAGAAGUAAUUUUGAUAGAAA